AUGCCGAACAUAGAUGAGACUCUGCUAGUUGGUGAAGCAGUAUGUUUGCGAGAGGAACGCAACUAUUCCAUACCCAAUGCGUUUGGCGGAUGGUUCUUCUGCGAUAACACAGAAGAAGACAGCAUUGAAGUACAAGUGCUAGCCGGUGUAAUGUUCGUCUCCCUGAUGGCGACAGCGGUCGUCGGUAACGCUGUGGUCAUGUGGAUUAUUUUUAAGCAUAAGGUGAUGCACCACGGCUUCAAUUACUUUCUUUUCAACAUGGCAUUCGCUGAUCUGCUGAUAGCUGUUUUUAACGUCGGUACUACAUGGACAUUCAAUCUCUACCAUGAUUGGUGGUACGGUGAUAUAUGCAUUCUAACGUCAUUCUUUGGUAUCGCUCCAACCACAGUCUCAGUUUUCUCGAUGAUGGCGCUCAGUUGGGACAGAUGCCAAGCGGUUGUGUGGCCAUUACGAAAACGUCCGUUGUCACGACGUCGCUCGCUGAUCGCUAUUGUAAUCAUUUGGACAAUUUCAACAGCAACGGCUUUGCCAUUUGCAUUCGCAGCGACGGUGAACGAAAUAUAUCUCUACAAUGUGGUAUCCAAAAAAGCAUCAAUCCGCCAUGCAUGCUCAGCGCCGGCCCAUCAAAUAUUUGAUCAUCUUCUUUUUCUCAUCCAGUACGCAUUGCCGUUAUUUGUGCUCUCGUUCACUUUUGCUAGGAUCGCAUGGGCGUUCAGAUCAACAGAUGUCGCAUCGGACAGCAAUUCAAAAGGGACGAACCACACAAGAGCGAAGAGCAAGGCAGUCAAAAUGCUAGCGCUGAUGGUGGUCACUUUCAUGUUCUGCUGGUUACCGUACCAUCUCUAUCAUACAUUCGAGUUAAAUACUUUAAUGGCAUUUGAAAAUCCAAAUAUUGGCAAAUAUAUUUAUCUUGGUAUUUAUUGGGUGGCAAUGAGCAGCAGUGCCUACAAUCCAAUCAUCUACUGUUUUGCAAACGAGAGAUUCCGCAUUGGUUUUCGAUACGUGUUUCGUUGGUUGCCCGUGAUCAGUUGUAGUCGAGAAGACUACGAAUACUCGCAAUUAUUCCCAGAAAAACUACGCAGUAUGGCUAUUAGCAUGCAACUUGGAAAGUCGGCACGCGUGAAGGAACAAAAAAGCUUCCAAAACUCCUGUAAUACUUCCGCUCUCACCCGACCGUGCAGCGUCGUCUCGGAUCCCCGACGAAUCCGCAGCACAUGUUCCAGUCGUACGCAGCUCACUGGCGAGAACGAUAUUUAA